AUGUCUGUAGAAGAAUAUACUGAUACUUGCUUAGAUGGUCAACAUCAUAAAAAAAAACCUGGUCCAGAGGCAGAUCUGUUUAGCUUCUGUAGUCCAUGGAAGAAACGAUCUUGUUGUACCGAACAAAUAACAAAACAGAUGCACAUAUCUGACUCGUGGUACAACUUCAACUGGAACCACUGUGGAGAUCUCUCCGCCAACUGUCGAUCUCAUUUUUUACAAGAUCUGUGUUUUUAUGAAUGUUCUCCAAACACUGGCCCAUGGCUACAACCUGUAAAGAUGAAGAUUAGAAAUGAAAAGUUUAUGCAUGUACCUUUAUGUCAAGUGGACUGUACCAACUGGUGGGAAGAUUGUAAAAAUGACUUGACUUGUACUGAUAAUUGGGGAAAAAAUUUUAACUGGACCACGGGUCAAAAUAGAUGCCCUGUUGGAUCCUCAUGUAAAAAAUUUUCAGACAUAUUUUCCAAUUCCACAAACUUUUGUGAAAUCGUGUGGAACUAUUCGUGGAAAGUGGUUGCAGAUACAGAAUCAUGUAUGCAUUUAUGGUUUGAUGCCAAGAUUGGGAACCCUAAUGAUAAAGUAGCAUUGAAUAGAGCUGAGCUGAUCAUUAGUAAUUCAGCAAGAGUUUUCUCCCCUUUUACAUUUCAUCUGUUAUUGAUAACUGGACUGUUUAUAUACACCCUACUAUAA